AUGACCGGGUCUUUCUCGUCCGGGUCGCUCCCCUCCCUGGUGAGCCUCUGCACACGAGAGCUCUCCGAUGAAAGCGUCUCCUUCACCGCGCUGCAGUCGCUCGAGACCGACUGCGGGUCUUUGCUGGAGUCGCUCCCGGUUCUGCCCCACGAUGAUGACCACCACAGCCAGCCUCUCCUGCUGCUGGACUCCCACUCCGGCAGCCUCUCUCCGACAUCGGCCCUGGCGGCCAGCGCCCCGGGGCAUGCGCCACCUGCCGCUGGGACCUCCCUCCUCCGGGUGAUUCUCCCCAACCUGGACACCACGGUCAUUGAAGUUCGCGAGGAGGAGGUCCUGCUUGAGGUCUUCCGGCGCCUGUGCACCCGUCGUGGGCUCUCCUUCGGCGAUUACACCUUCGAGGGGGCCCUCAUCCGGCCCUCGGCCAUCUCUCUCAACAGUGGUCGGUCGUCCAGCCGGGGGUCCACCACGACCGAUCUGCUGGCCAGCGUCUCGCCGAGCCUGAGCACCAGCAGUGCCGACAACGAGGACCCCGUCCGGACUCCGGUCCCCAGCAGCCCCCGGCUGGGCGCCGGUGCUGGGCCCAUCGAACUGGACCUGACCUGGCAAUUCCGCCAGUAUCACCAGCCGCCUGAGCAACUCCUGCUGGAAGUGCGCAUGAGGCGCAUUCGUCGGAAGGUCUUCCUCGGAGGGGCUGUCAACAGCGGGCACAAUUCGCGCACCACCUCGGUGGAAUCCUCGUCUUCGCAGCAGCAGCACCAGCAGCACCAGCAGCAGCAGCACCAGCAGCAGCAGCAGCAGCAGCAGCAGCAGCAGCAACAGCACAUGUCCUGGACGGCCAACUCCACCGGGACCCUACGGCGUGUCCUGCGCCCCGGGCCGGGCCCCAUUCCCUUCGGCACUGAGGCGAAUUCCUCCGCCCCAGGAAGCCCGUUCAGCGCGCAGGGUGGCCCUUCGGCCACCCCGUCGCCCGUGCCUCCGGGCUCCGGCGCAUCGCGCCAUCCGUCCGCCGUCAGUCCAGUCCCCCUGUCAAGUGCCGGCGCCACUGGCGGAUCAUCCAGCGGCUCCUUGCUGACCGUGUCCGGCCCCAGCUCCUCGGGCGAGCUAUCACCCAAGAAGCCGGGCCGACGCCGGGCCCUGAGCGUCAGCGUUCGAGAGAAGUUUUCCCAAAUUUGGGGCGGCGCCUCGGGUCCCGGAUCGGCGGCCGUCUCGCCCAGCGGCGGGAUCAUGCCCCCGCCCGGGGGUGUCCCGGUGGCCGAGGCCUCUGGCGGUGGGUCCAGCGGCAGCCCCCCCCUGGUGGCCGGGGCUCCGCAGUCCGGCAGUCCAUCGGUGCCGGUGGCCAGCGCCCCGGGCCAGCCGAUCUCCACGGCCUUCAGCCACCAUGCACUUCCUGUCACAGCCAUCCCGCCCAAUGGCCGGUCUCCUCGGCGGUCGGCCUCGCACACCGGCCUGGCCACCCUUUCCAUGGCCAGCGACUUCUCGCUCCCUCCGCUGAACACCGGUUGUGCCGGGGCCACCGGCCCGCCGGAUGCUGUCUACUCCCUCACGGUGGGCGGCUCUUCCGGCAUGGCCACCGGCACCAGCUCGCCCCGGCGGCCGGCUCUCUCCUCCAUGACCUAUCUGGCCCCGGUGGAGGACGCCUCGCCGUCGAUCCCCCCGCUGCCGGACAGCCCGACCCUCGGGUCGCCGACGGGCGCCUCGCAGCCGGACCGGUCCUCCUCGCUGGAUUCCUGCAUCUCCGUCCCAUCCAUCACCCUGAACGAUGAGGAGACCAUCCUCAUUGGGGCCGACACCGGCCGGGCGGAGGAGUUCUCCGCCUCGCCGACCACCCUACUGCCGCCACUGUCGUCGCUGGACAGCCCUCCUCGCCGGGGCAAUUCGAACCUGGUUCGGUCCGCCUCCCGGCCGGUGGUCAGCUUUGCCACCGGCACCAUGGGCGAUGAUGUUGGCAUCCCGGAGUCUGAGUUUGCCGAGGGCGGCAUCUUCCAUGGCCUCAGCACGUUGGAGCUGAACAAGCUGUCCCAGCCCAAGGAUCCCGGCACCACGUUCAACAGCCAGACCCUUCGUCGGAGGUCCGUUGCCCGGCCCCGGUCCAUGUCCAUCUCGGUGCCCAAGCACCCGCCGCCUGCUGUGCCGCUCAGCAGCUCCGAGGCCCUGCAGCGGGUGGUGGACGCCUCCUCCACCGGGACAUCUUCCUGCGCAUCUCCCUCGAGCCCGGCUGCCCCGGUCUCGGGGCAUGCCUCCUCCGCGUCGCUCGGUGCUCUGCCUCCCUCCAUUUCCGGCGCCAGUGAGCUGAUCUUCCUGCGCGUGCACAUGGAAAGCUCGAUGCUCAUGUCGGCCGUGGAGAAUAGCACCUCUCAGGCGGCCUCCCACUCGACCAUGGUGGCCGUCAGUCCGUCGGCCACCAUGGAGGAGGUUCUGUCGGAUGUGUGCUCUCGCAAGGGGCUGAACUUCGAAAAGCACACGCUCUUCUUGCCGUCGGGUGUGGGCCCCGGCGGCGGGGCCGCGGUGGCCGUGCAGCUGGACCGCACGGUGGCCGAUUACCACCUGAGCUCGCACUCGCGCAUCCACUUGAUCCGGUCCAGCACUCGGCUGUACUCGACUUUCUCGGUGUCGGAGUCCGGCCGGGAGGUGCUGGUGUUGCGCAUGUUCCGCGAUCACCCCCGCGUGGCCCUCGCCACCGAGGCCCAGCUGAUCGAGCGCAUGACCGACGACCGGGACACCUCGGCCUCCGGCGCCGGCUUCGCCGAGUCUGGGCGCACUGUGUCCGAGGAGGGCGGCCUUCCGUCGCUUCUGCACCCGGUGGCCGAUGCCGGCCUCAUCCGGACCUUCCUCAUGACCUUCCGGGCAUUUAUCACCCCGGCCGACCUGUUUGACAUGCUGGUCGCUCGGUUCAAUGCCUCCCCACCGGAAGAUGCCACCGAGGAGGACGUUGCCCAAUAUCGGCGGUCCAUUCGCAUUGUCCGCGUAAAGAUCCUCUACUUCCUGGAGCUCUGGCUGUCCGGGCACUUCCACGACUUCUCGGUGUACGAUUCGCCGCUGGAUCGUCGGCUUCGGUCAUUCCUCAGUGCGCUGGAACUAUCCGGGCAAAGCCGCCCGGAGUGGCUGACCGUGCGCCAGAAGUACAUCAAGCUGAUCCGGGAGAAGUCGUACCAACUGAGCAUCGAUUACAGCCCGCUGCCCAUGUUUGCCGAGCCGUCUGCUCCGCCGACCGUGCAGCCGGGCUUCAUCGUGUCGCUGCACUCCUGGCAAGUGGCCGAACAGCUGUCCAUGCUGGACUUCAAGCUCUUUGAUGCCAUCCACGAUGUGGAGUUCCUGGACUUCAUUUGGAACUUCAACGGCAAGCCGCGCAAUCAGACGGACUUGAAGUCGGCGCUGGAUGUCUCCCUCGAGGCCAACCUCUUUGUGGAGAUCCCCGAAACGACGAUCGGCGCGGCGGCCGCCAUGCAGCGUGAUGCCCUGGACCUGGGGACCGUCCUGGCGGCCGGGGUGAACAUCGCCCAGCCGCUGCUGCUUGGCCCGCGGUCGCGCAGCCCGCUCCCCAGCCCGAAUCUCAUCCGGGCCAUUCGCCGGUCGAACCAGCAAAUCCUUUGGGUGGCAUCGGAGAUCCUGGCCGAGGCGCACCUGGACCGCCGGGUGAAGGUCAUGCGCCGGCUGAUCAAGGUGGCCCAUGUGUGCCUGCAGCAGGGGAACCUCCAAACGGCCUUGUCCCUGACGCAGGGGCUCAUGUCUUACCCGGUGUCGCGACUCCGGCGAACGUGGGCCGGCCAGACCACCGCCGUUCGGCGCCAGUACCAGGAGCUGGAGAGCCUGCUGGAUCCGUCGCGAAAUAUGCGCAACUACCGGCAGGCCCGGUCGCGCCUGCGCGCGCCGGCCAUCCCCUUCCUGCCGGUCCUGACCAAGGACCUGACCUUCCACAAUGAUGGCAACCCCCUGCGGGUGGUCCUGUCGGCGGAUGACUCGGCCGGGGGGCUGAUCAACUUCGAGAAGCUCCGGAAUAUGGCGGCAUAUGUGCGCCGGGAGGCGCGUCCGGGCUUGGAUGACCCGUAUCCCGGGCCGAUGGUUGCUGCCGGCACGCAGGCCGGGACCGACGAUCGGACGGCCUCGCCCUCGCCGUCGGCCGGCCUCCCGCCGGCCUCCUCGGCGACCACCGCCGGAGGGGGGGCGCCCCACUCCUCCGGGAAUGGGGUCACCAGUCUCGAGGACGAUUCUUCAUAUGACUACCCGGGACCGCCGCCCCCGCGCAUCCCCUACCUCUUCGAGGUCCACGCCAAGGCGAUUGAGUAUCUGACCCAGCUGCCGAUCCGGUCACUUGACGACCUGGAGCGGCGGUCCAAGGAGCUCGAGCCCCCGCAGCAGGGCUAAUGUGGUGGCGGGCACCAUCCUUCCUUCCCUUCCCCUUU